GGCGGUGUCAAAGUAGAAACUCGGUAUACUGGAGAAGCGACUCUCGAUGAACCUGUCAGUAAGACCAUUAUGCGAGACCUAAAUUCCAUCUAUGCAAAACUCCUACAGGUUCUUUAUCCGCCUAAAGGAGCUGGAAAUAAUCAACUAUUACGGGACUGGGAUUUAUGGGGACCUUUAGUGAUAUGUUUAUCGUUGGCUAUCAUUUUAUCUCUCGACGCCCCGAAAGCACAAUCUAUGCAAGUAUUCUCACUCGUCAUCUCACUCAUUACCGUUGGUUCUGUGGUCGUCACCGUCAAUUCCAAAUUACUCGGUGGGAAAGUAUCAUUCUUCCAGAGUCUCUGCGUCUUGGGCUACGCUCUUGCCCCUGUUUUAUUAGCUUCCGUCGUCUCUUUCCUCGUCCACAAUCUCUUUGUCAGGAUACCUGUAUCCCUCGCUUGCUGGGGAUGGAGUGUAUGGGCCUCGAUGAACUUCUUCAACGGAACUCGAUUGCCAGAAUCACGUCUCAUGCUUGCUGUCUACCCCAUUUGUCUUUUUUUCUUCGUCCUGGCUUGGAUGAUCAUCAUCCAGUGA